AUCAAUUCAACUUGAAAUAUAAAGAAAUAUUUGUUUCUCUGCAUAGCCCGUAACUUAAUUCGAGAUUUAAGGAUUACAAAUUAUUUAAAAUUAGAAAAAAAGCUUUAAGAUGGGUAAACGACAGCAUCAAAAAGAUAAAAUGUACUUGACCUACACAGAGUGGUCGGAGUUAUAUGGAGGCAAGAAAACAGAAUCCGCGGAGAAUGAGCACAUAAAGUUUAAACGACUCCCUUUCGACCACUGCUGCAUAACUAUGAUUCCCUUUGAAAUCCCCUACAGCGACAGAGAAGGCAAUGUUUUCGAACUCCAAGCCAUCGUUGAUUUCCUCAAGAUGUUCAAAAUGAAUCCCAUCACUGGCAAACCGCAAGACGCCAAGUCUCUGGUUCCAUUGAAGUUUCACAAGAACGCCGACGGUGAAUACCACUGUCCAGCUCUGUUCAAACCAUUCACAAAGAAUUCCCAUAUAGUUGCUGUCGCUGUGACGGGGAACGUCUUCUCAUGGGAGGCCAUCGAACAAUUGAAUAUCAAAACAAAAAAUUGGAAGGAUCUAGUUGAUGAUACACCCUUUCUGCGGAAAGACCUGAUAACCAUCCAAGAUCCCCAGCACUUGGAAAAGUUUGAUAUUUCAAGAUUUCAUCACAUAAAGAAAAAUCUACGCGUUCUGACCGAGGAUGAAAUCUCAGACAAGUUGUUGGGUUCAAAGGGCCGCAUCAAGUCGAUGAAUUUGGAGACUAAAGAAACUCUAGCUCAAUUGGAAAAGGACUACCAACCUGCUGCUGAGGCUGCAGUUGCAGAGAAAAAAGUUACCGAUAAGUUUAAUGCCGCCCAUUUCUCCACUGGAGCUGUGGCUGCAAGUUUUACAUCGACAGCCAUGGUUCCGGUGUCCAAUCAUGAGGCGGCACGUAUUGAUGAUGAUACCGUAAAGUAUGAGCGAGUUAAGAAGAAGGGUUACGUUCGUAUAACAACCAAUUUCGGACCCCUAAACUUUGAGAUUCACUGUGAUACGGUUCCGAUGUCGAGUGAAAACUUUAUCAGAAACUGCGCCAAUGGUUAUUAUGACAACACCAUUUUCCAUCGAUCAAUUAGGAACUUUAUGAUUCAAGGUGGAGAUCCCACUGGCACCGGAACAGGUGGAACAUCAAUCUGGAAUAAGAAGUUUGACGAUGAAUUCCGACCAAACUUGUCACACACUGGACGAGGUAUCCUUUCAAUGGCGAAUUCCGGUCCCAAUACAAACUCCUCUCAGUUUUUCAUAACCUAUCGUUCAUGUCGCCACUUGGAUGGAAAGCACACAAUCUUCGGUAAAUUAGUCGGAGGCUUAGACACCCUAAAUGAGAUGGAAAAAAUCGAAGUCGACAACAAAGAUCGCCCAAUAGCGGAUAUCAUAAUUCAGAAGGUUCAAGUAUUCGUUGACCCCUUUCAGGAAGCUGAAGAGGAGCUGGCUCGUGAACGGGCAGAAGAAGCCGCCAAAGAUGUGAAAAUAGUUACCGAAGUUGCCAAAAAGAAGCGAAUGAAUGAGAAGCUGAAAGUCUACAGAGAAGGCGUGGGAAAAUACUUGGACCUCAACAGCGUCAAAGCAUCAACUUCGACUUCCACGUCGACUUUGGUGGCUUUGGGUGCGCCACCAAAGAAGCAGAAAAAGAGUAGCUCUCAAUUUGGGGAUUUCAAAUCGUGGUAGGAAAAAAGUAGUUAAGUUUUAAAAUAAAUUUAUUUUUAAUUUAGAGGUUUAA